AUGGUUACUGAUGGGAGCAAACCUCAAGCAUCAGUUGCUCCGCCACACAAACUUGUUGUGCUGAAAUUUGCUGAGUCUAGAGCUUCUGAGCUCGAGAGUCUUCACUCUGUAGUUGCAAAUCGUUUGAAUAAUGAUUUCCGCUGUCAAAGGAACAAGCGUCGGAGAACUACUGGGCAUGACGAUCAUGUUGGGAGAAAAAGGUUUAGAAAGAAGCAAAGAGUUGGAAUAAAAGAUAUGAAUAAAAGUGAUUCUUCCAAGAAAGAUGAGAAGAAGGUUUCUCGUCGACUCCGAAGGAGGGUUGAACUCAGCAAGAACCCUGGGAGUGGGUUUUGUACUUCAGGGGAUGGGAUGAAGAGACUGAGAACGCAUGUAUGGCAUGCGAAGCGGUUCAAGAUGAUAAAACUAUGGGGAUUCCACAUUCCCCUUGGUCUGCAUGGCAGAGGAAGAGGCUCAAGGGCUCUCUUAAAGAAAUUAAAAUGUGGAGUGCUCGUGCAUGAUAUGAGCUAUUGCGGAGCUGUCCAGUUGGAAGGUCCAGAGGUUAUGCUGCUGUCUGUGCUGAGCUCUGUGUUGGUUCCUUCCCCAUCAACACGCUCCCAAGAUAGAUUGCAUAACAUACUUUCCGGCAACAUCUUUGGAAGUGCUAUGCUUCAUCAUGCUGGGAAACCCUUUUCUACAACUAUUGCUCCAGUCACCUACUUCUAUGGGUGUGGAUACAUAGUGCAGCUUUUAGAGAAGGUUAUGAUGCUUUAA